CUUGUUUAUGAAGCAGAGUGCGGGGCAUUGGCUGGCUGUGUGCUGAGAGUGCGGGCACUGAGGAGAACAUAGUCCCGGCUACAAGUCACAACAAUAGGAGAAGCGCCAUCUCUCUACUCACUGGAAUAAAGAGUCUUCUCUGCCUAUAGGAAGCAUGAGGUUGUCACCACGAGCAAGUGUGCCGGUCCCUGAGAUCAUGUGCAGCCGCUGCAGGGGAGUGUGCAGCAACAAGGCACAGGAAAUGGCAGUCCGAAUCCCUCGCCCCUUAGGACAAGGUCCCAGCAGAUUCAUCCCUGAAGAAGAGAUUCUACAAGUGGGGAAUGAAAAUUCAAAUAUGCAUUCAGUAUUUGCCGAUGUGUUUGCUGACUUGGGCCGCCUGGAUAACAUAACCCUUCUGAUGGUGUUCCACCCCCAGUAUUUAGAGAGUUUCCUGAAAACACAACAUUACUUGUUGCAGAUGGAUGGUCCCUUACCUGCCUAUUAUCAGCACUACAUAGGGAUCAUGGCAGCAGCCAGGCAUCAGUGCACCUACCUGGUUAACCUGCACGUCAAUGACUUUAUCCAUAGUGGAGGGGACCAGAAGUGGUUAAAUGGCCUUGACAAUGCUCCACAGAAGCUACGUAACCUAGGAGAACUAAAUAAGCUACUGGCACACAGACCUUGGCUGAUCACAAAAGAACACAUUGAGCAACUGCUGAAAACAGGAGAGCACAGCUGGUCCCUAGCGGAGCUGAUCCAUGCUGUAGUCCUUCUUGCACACUACCACUCCUUGGCUUCUUUUACGUUUGGCUGUGGAAUAAGUCCAGAAAUUCACAAUGAUGGAGGCCACACAUUCCGUCCCCCUUCCGUCAGCAACUACUGCAUCUGUGACAUAACAAAUGGCAAUCAUGGGGGGAAUGAGAGCCACCAGACAACAGGAAGUAUGGGCUUAGAUUCUUCUUGUGAAGUUGAAGUUUUGAUGGAGAAGAUGAAGCAGCUCCAAGAAUGUAAAGAUGAAGAGGAGGCAAGCCAGGAAGAAAUGGCCACGCGCUUUGAGCGAGAGAAGACCGAAAGCAUGCUGGCUUUUGCUAUAGAUGAGGACCCUCCGCCAGCACGAGAAGUCUCCAGACAUUUUGAAGACACAAGCUAUGGUUACAAGGACUUUUCUCGGCGUGGAAUGCAUGUUCCCACCUUUCGAGUGCAGGAUUAUAGCUGGGAAGACCAUGGUUACUCCUUAGUUAAUCGUCUUUAUCCAGAUGUUGGGCAGCUACUUGAUGAGAAAUUUCACAUGGCAUAUAAUCUCACAUAUAACACGAUGGCCAUGCACAACGAUGUAGAUACCUCAACGCUAAGACGGGCCAUAUGGAAUUAUGUACAUUGUAUGUUUGGAAUAAGAUAUGAUGAUUAUGACUAUGGAGAAAUAAACCAAUUAUUGGACCGAAGCUUUAAAGUUUACAUAAAAAAUGUGGUGUGUAGUCCACAAAAGACGACAAAACGAAUGUAUGAUAGUUUCUGGAGGCAGUUCAAACAUUCUGAGAAGGUCCAUGUUAAUUUGCUUCUUAUGGAAGCGAGGAUGCAAGCUGAACUACUGUAUGCUCUGCGAGCAAUCACCUGGUAUAUGACCUGAUUGGUUUAUCUGAAGCGGUCGCCCGAAACGAAUGUUCAACGGGGAAAUCUGCUUUCUGCACUGCCGACUUCCCAUGCCUUUCUGGUAGUUAACUUUUCUCAGAAGUCCAUUGUGCCAUAAUUGCCAUCAUAUCAGCUGUUUGGUUUGUGCUCCCGAUUUCUCACAUUGAACUGACAUUUGAAUGUCCUAAAAGAGAUGAUGCCUUGCUAUCCUGCUUCGAACACCUGCAAGUCUGGUCUUUGCCAUCCAGUGAUGUUGCGUGUCUUUGCAGUGAUGGACACUUACGAAGUAUUGAAGAUAAGGGGCGGAGGAAACGUGCACUAUGAUUUCCCAUUCGGUCAAUAGUGGUGCUGCUGAUGUGUUUGAUGAGACGCGGGCCUCCCAAUUAAGCUAUAUAAAUAAAUGUACAUGAACACUGCUACAACCUGAGCCUUGUUAUAGAACUACACACCGAACGUGUGCAUUCCCAUACAUUUUGUGCAUGUUUUCUGCAGCAAUUAACCCAACAUAUGUUGCUGAUUUCAGUUAUUGGCUUUAUAUAGCGCUGGAGGAAAAAAAAAAAGCUGUGAUCAGUGAGUGUAUAUUAUAUAUCAACAUAUUAUAUAUGCUCAAAUUGUCUUCCUGAAAAUCUUCUUCUUUUUCCAGUCUUCAGAAGGUAUGUUACCAUUCUCUGACAACAGAGAGUGAAAUACCCCUUUGGUUGUGGGGUGCACACUUAGUUGUAUCACACUGCUGUCUGUAUAGCAGUGCUUAGGGUGGAGGGAUGUAGGUAGCUUGUGUGGCUUAACCAUUCAUAAAGUCAUUUGCAGCUGCUGAAAUAUCACCCGCAGUUUACAGUUUCAAACUUGAUCAAGAUGUGAAUGUUAAGUUUAAGAAAAAAAAAAAAAAAGUUAUUGGAAAACUAAUGUAUGGAAGGGUUUGUAUUAUGAACGUAAAUAUCUUUUUCAGUAUUAAUGACUUUUUGUUUUUUUAUUAAAGAACAUACAUGUUGA